AUGAGCGAUCAAACUGCGUCCUCGGGGCCCGUGACCAUUGUGGUCGAGCACCUGGACCCUGAGUUGGGCGUUUGGUCUGGCUUAGAGUAUGGAUGUAUUGCCCGGGAAUCCCACGCCGCCGGGAGCAGAUUUCUCCUCAGCUCUGUGCCCACCUCCUUGCAGAUGCCAGAAGACUUGGCUGCUACCCCGGGGCUUAACGUCGAGCAUCGGAGUGUCGAAGAGAUCUUUGCGGAUCGGAAAUCCCGGGUCUGCUUGCUAGACCCGGCUGCUCAAGUUGAGCUGAGCCCUGCUGAUGCGGAGACAUUCGAUGUCUUCCUCUUCGGAGGUAUUCUUGACCGGACGUCCGAACUACGAAAGAAAGGCUACGCCGGCAGACGGCUGGGGCCCAAGCAGAUGACCACCGACACAGCUGUACGUGUGACGCGCAUGGUCGUGCACGAGAAAGUGCCCCUGGACCAAAUCUCUUAUGUCGAUUACCCGGAGAUUCUAAUCAACGAGCAUGAACGGACCGAGAUGCCCUUCCGCUAUGUGAAGGGCGAGGACGGCCAACCAAUCAUGCCCAAGGGUAUGGUUGAUUUGAUUAAGAAGGAUGCCGAUCAGGGCAUUGAUGAUCUGAUGAUCUCAUUAUCAUUCCGCGGGGGUUCCGGGAGGAGGAGGGAUGUCUCGCCCUCCGCCCCAAUAUCAUCCUGGCUCCUAUCGGCCCUAUUCCUUCUAAGCCCGGCGUUGGUUUCAGCUAAGUCUGCGGCGGACUACUAUGUUCACUCCUUACCGGGUGCCCCCGAGGGUCCCCUGUUAAAAAUGCAUGCCGGCCAUAUCGAGGUGGACCAGCAAAGCAAUGGAAACCUUUUCUUCUGGCAUUUCCAGAAUCGCCAUAUCGCAAAUCGCCAGCGAACUGUCAUUUGGUUGAACGGUGGCCCCGGGUGCAGCUCAAUGGACGGCGCAUUGAUGGAGGUUGGCCCGUAUCGCCUGAAGGAUAACGAAACGCUGGUGUAUAAUGAGGGAUCUUGGGAUGAGUUUGCCAACUUGCUGUUUGUCGACCAGCCAGUCGGAACCGGUUUCAGUUAUGUCAAUACCGACAGCUAUCUCCACGAGCUUGAUCAGAUGUCAGCCCAGUUUAUUACGUUUUUGGAAGAGUGGUUCAGAUUGUUUCCGGAGUAUGAACGCGAUGAUAUAUAUAUUGCUGGGGAGUCUUACGCCGGUCAACAUAUCCCAUACAUUGCCAAGGCUAUUCAAGAACGGAAUGAGAAAAUACAAGAAAAGAAUAUGGCCCAGUGGGGCUUGAAGGGUCUCCUGAUCGGCAAUGGCUGGAUAUCCCCAAGUGAACAAUAUCUCUCUUAUCUGCCUUUUGCAUACGAGGAAGGCCUCAUCAAGGAAGGCAGUAGGACCGCAAAGGAGCUUGAGGUGUUGCAGUCAGUUUGUCAGUCCAGAUUGGAAACGGGCAAGAACAAGAUUCACCUAAACGAUUGCGAGAAGGUUAUGAAUGGGCUGUUGGAUAGGACGAUUGACUCGAACAACCAAUGUUAUAAUAUGUACGACAUCCGUCUUCGUGACAGCACCGAUGCCUGUGGUAUGAACUGGCCGACGGACUUGGUGGAUGUGAAGCCCUACUUGCAACGACAGGACGUGGUGCAGGCUCUGAAUAUCAACCCCGAAAAGAAAUCGGGAUGGGUCGAGUGCUCGGGGGCCGUGGGCAGCGCUUUCAAUCCUCAACAAUCCGUGCCAUCUGUUCGACUCCUCCCCGGUCUGCUGGAGUCCGGAAUCUCUAUCCUUCUUUUCAGCGGCGACAAGGAUCUCAUUUGCAAUCAUGUGGGGACUGAGCAGCUAAUCAACAACAUGAAAUGGAGCGGGGGUACUGGUUUCGAAACUUCCCCGGGCGUCUGGGCUCCAAGGCACGACUGGAGUUUUGAAGGUGAACCGGCUGGAAUCUAUCAAUAUGCCAGGAACCUGACCUACGUGCUUAUCUACAACGCAAGCCAUAUGGUCCCUUACGACCUUCCCCGGCAAACCCGAGACAUGCUUGACCGCUUCAUGAAUGUCGACAUUGCGAGUAUUGGAGGAAGCCCGGCGGACUCGCGCAUUGAUGGCGAGAAACUGCCUCAGACAUCCGUUGGCGGACAUCCGAACAGCACCGCGGCAGAGGAGCAGGCGAAGGAAAAGAUCAAGGAAACGGAAUGGAAAGCCUACGCCAAAUCCGGGGAGGCCGUUCUUGUGGUCGUCAUCAUUGGCGUGUCAGUCUGGGGCUUCUUCAUCUGGCGUAGCCGCCGGCAUCACCGUGGAUACAAGGGCGUCUGGCAUAAGGACAUGAGCGGGAGCUCUGUCCUGGAACGGUUCCACAACAAGCGCACUGGAGGCGCGGACGUCGAAGCUGGAGAUUUCGACGAGGCUGAACUCGAUGAUCUUCAUUCACCUGGCUUGGAGAGAGAGCACUACGCCGUCGGUGAUGAUAGUGAUGAUGAGGACGACACCUCCCGGCAGCAUUCGCGACAGCAUCUAUCAUGA